GCCCCCGGGCCCCGGCCGGCCCGCUCCCUCCCCCUAUGCCCCUUCGUGCCCUCCCGUGCCCGGCCCCGGACGCCGCCAGGUAAGGGACCGCGACCCCCGGCCGGGCGGAGGAGGAGGAGGAGGACGGGGGGCACGCUGCUUCUGCGCUUGCCGAGGGCACCAGGGACCUGAAAAACCUUCUCGUUUGGGACAGAGUGUGUGUCCCUGCAGGGAGCCGGGCCGGGGUGGCAUCCCGCCGUGGGCACCGGAGAGGGAUGGCAGGCUAGAAGACCAGAAGCGCUUCGGAUAAAGGAAGGACCACCUUGGAAGGGCAGUCGCCUUCAGCACCACCUGGGCCAUCCAAGGCAUUGGCCGUAUUUGGGUGCUCAUGCAGGUUUAAUGGCGCUGGGGCUCUGUGCACUGCGGGCCACCAUGAAUGCUGUUGGCUCUCUGGUUGGAAAUGAGGCACCUUUGAAGCUGUGUUAACUCUUUCCCAUCACAAGGAUCUGCAGUACGCACCUCCUGAUUUCACCAGAAAAUGGAACUUAAAAAGUCACCUGAUGGCGGAUGGGGCUGGGUGAUUGUCCUUGUGUCCUUCUUCACUCAGUUUUUGUGUUACGGGUCCCCAUUGGCAGUUGGCGUCUUAUACGUAGAGUGGCUGGAUGCUUUUGGGGAAGGAAAGGGGAAAACAGCCUGGGUUGGAUCUCUCGCAAGUGGAGUCGGAUUGCUUGCAAGUCCUGUCUGUAGCCUGUGUGUAUCUUCCUUUGGAGCAAGACCUGUAACCAUCUUCAGUGGCUUCAUGGUGGCUGGAGGUCUGAUGUUGAGCAGUUUUGCACCAAAUCUCUACUUUCUGUUUUUUUCAUACGGGAUUGUUGUUGGCCUCGGUUGUGGCUUAUUAUACACUGCAACAGUGACCAUCACAUGCCAGUAUUUUGACAACCGCAGAGGCCUGGCCCUUGGCUUGAUCUCAACAGGUUCAAGCGUUGGCCUUUUUAUAUAUGCUGCCCUGCAAAGGGAACUAAUUGAACACUACGGCUUAGAUGGAUGCUUGCUGAUUGUCGGUGCAUUGGCUCUAAACAUAUUAGCAUGUGGCAGUCUGAUGAGACCUCUGGAGUCCUCAGGCCGCCCCUUACCGGAAAAAACGAGCCUGGAAAAUGUUCCUGACCAAUAUUCGUUAUACCAUGAAAAGGAAAUGAAUUUGGAGGAGAACAUUAGCAUCCUUGAAAAAGGCUACAGUGAGGGGAAAUGCACGAGUCCUCUGUCCAAUGGUGACUGCAGACAAGAAAGCCCAGGAAAUAAGAAUGGAUUAACACCAGUGCAGGCGAAGGAGGCCGAGACUUACAAAAAGAAAGUGGCCGAUCGGACAUAUUUUUGCAAACAGCUCGCCAAGAGGAAGUGGCAACUCUAUCUGAACUACUGGGAAGAAACGGUGCUUCUUUUUAAAAACAGAGUGUUUUCGGCCCUUUUUAUCGCCAUUUUACUUUUUGACAUUGGGGGUUUUCCGCCUUCGUUGCUUAUGGAAGAUGUAGCAAGAAGCUCUGAUGUGAAGGAGGAAGACUCUGUUGUGCCUCUCAUAUCCAUAAUCGGCAUUAUGACUACCGUUGGCAAACUUCUUUUAGGAGUGCUGGCCGAUUUUAAGUGGAUUAAUACUUUAUACCUAUAUGUAGCAACCUUAAUAACAACUGGCUUGGCUUUGUGUGCCAUUCCACUGGCCAGGAAUUAUGUCACGUUAGCAAUCCUUUCUGGGAUUUUAGGGUUCCUCAGCGGCAACUGGUCCAUUUUCCCUUAUGUGACAACCAAGACUGUGGGAAUUGAGAAGCUGGCCCAUGCCUAUGGGAUAUUAAUGUUCUUUGCUGGACUUGGGAAUAGUCUUGGGCCACCAAUUGUUGGCUGGUUUUAUGAUUGGACACACACCUAUGACAUUGCGUUCUACUUCAGUGGACUUUGUGUCCUUCUGGGUGGGCUUAUUCUGCUGGUGGUGGCCUUGCCCUCCCUGGACACGUGUUACAGUCAGAGCUCCAAGCCACCUCCAAACACUUACCUGUACAAAGCUGCAUCUAAUACUUAGAUGACCACUGGAAUGCAUUUUCUACUGACAAGCAAAAUAUUUUACUGGUUUGACGUGAUUUAUGAGCAGCAAAGACUAUUUUGUAAUCGAAAAAUGUCAUUAUUGUUGACUCUUGCGGGAUGCAGAUUUCCUUAGCAAUAUCCUCUUUUAUCUAUCCUGUACUGUAUAGUAACUUCCACCUACUGUAUUUUCUUUUGGCCCAGUAAGAGGAGGGGUUCUGCUGUUUUGUCAUCAUCGGAAGCAUGGAAACUCUCAAUAGCAUCUGGAGGCUUCUGUUUGGACAGUGGCAGCAAAUGCUCUGAUCCGCUCAUACAUCCCCGGACCAAGAUUCCCUGGGAGAAAACCGUCGAUUCUAAAGCUGCGAAGCAAGCAGCACGGGGACACCACUAGGAACUGCAUUGCUCCUCCCAAAUCUUGAUUGUGGACUAUUUGAAGUAUUGUUCUAAAGGCUAGUAUGUGAAAAAAAACAACCAAACCAGGGAAUAUAUAAGAUUGUUGAAAUGGCAUUCAAAAAUGUCUGCAUGAUAGUGCAUAUCCUCACUACUUCACCCUGUGCUGGAACAAGGGAUCAGUUACUAUCUCCUUGUAAUUCAUUGACCAGAUGCCAAUGCUUUACUUAGUGUUGCACUGAGCAUAUGAACACCCCCAUCUCCAUUCUAAAGAAGCUUCUUGGUGAGCACGCAGGCUCAGCAAUGUUGUUCGCAGCCUCCAGUCCAUAGAUGCUUUGUCAGAAAGGGUUGGUUUCACCUGUUUGUUUCCAAAUUGGAAAUGCGCUUUUUUUUUCUUUCAACCAUUCCAUGUAGCACAAAUGGGAAACAUGGUUUGUUUUCAGCACCGUGGGAACAGACGGCCUGUAUCAGCGAGCUCCUGCAGUGUGAGGACUGCUGGGCAGAUGCAAAGAGCAGCCCAGGGCCAAGAAUUUUGAUUCAUUUCCUCAGUGGUACGUAUUGAGCCCCUAGUGUGUCUAAAGCACUGGACUAAGUAUUUGGGGAAAGCUUCAAGAAUGAAUCAGAGAGGGUGUCCUGCUCACAGGGGGAGCUGCCCAUUGAAGUUGAUAAAUGCUCAGUAAAUACCAUUGAUAGAUUAAGAUGUUGGAAAUCCCCAGAUUCACAGGGCAAGAAUAGAAAUGGAAAGCAAAAUGGAAAUCCUGAUACUCCAGCCUAGCAGCUUUCUCCACCAGCUUCCUUUGGGAAGAACCAUUUUGAAAUAGAGAUGUCGAGUGAUCCUUAAAGACUAAAUGGUUUUCUUCAUUUUGGAAAGCUUGAAGGGAUAAACCACUGCAGAAGAAAGCCACAAGUGACAGAAAAUGGUUUUCUCAACAGGGAACUCCUUUCCCAUUGUGCCAAAAUGGCCUCUUCAUUUCUUUUGAAAUAUAUAAAACAAUAUUUUGUACUUAUAAGUUGCCUUUCUUCUGAGGCUCCUCAAGCACUUUACAACCAUUAAUCCUCACAACACCUCUGUGAGGUACGUAGUUGGCAGUUCCUAUAGAUGGGGAAACUGAGGCACAGAGUGGUUUAAGUGACUAGCCUAAGGAUGCUCAGCAAAGCAGUAAUGGAGCUAGGAAAGAUCUUGAUCACCUGCUCACUAUUCUUUCUGCUGCUGCUGGAGUUUCCUCCAUAUCACACUCCUUUUUGUUCUUCUAUGUGGUAGUUAAUAAGAACAGUGGCUUAAAAAACUGAUAUUCUGUUCUACCAGAGCAUGCGUUUUCACAAUGCGCUUUGGAUAGAAUGUGAUGGCAAAAUUCCCACUCUAGACUGUAAGCUCACUGAGGGCAGGGAAUGUGUGUACACACUCUGUUAUAUCGUACUAUCCUAAGCACUUAGUGCAGUGCUCUACAUACAGUAAGCACUCAAAAGUACAAUUGAUUGAUUGAAAAAUCAGGGAGUGUUCUUCCGACAACACUUGUCUAUCUGGAUACAGUGCGAUGUAGUGUCAGACAUGGGGUGAGUACUCCCUCAUGAGUUUUCCUUAAUGCGGGAUUUGGCAAGGUUGCAGUCCCUACAUUUUAGGAGAACCAGGUGUAGAAGGUUUUGUGUGUUUAAUGAGAGCCUUCUGUAGCCAAUGACAGUGCAAGAAAUCCCCAUCUCUUGUAUGCAUUGACUAUUCAUGGCACAUCCAUGCUUAAUUCUAACAAUAUCACCACUCUCAGCACCCUAGAUAUCAGAAUGUAUAUUCCUCUUAUGUGACUUUAUUUCAUUAUGUUUAUAUAUUCUCUACUAUUUAGGAAAAGCAUUUUAAGUUACAAUAAAAUAUAUACUGCCUCAGUCUAGGUUUCUUUUUCUGAGUAGUGUUCUAUUAACAGUCAUCCUUGUAACUUUGACUUAGAGAUGGGGAGGGCAGUGUCCAAAUAUGAAAAUGUAAAUUGCCCUCAUCUUCUCUCAAGCAUUCAAUUAAAUAGAAUUCUAUAUUGAGACCAGUGUAUACCAGACAGUAUACCCCAUAUGCUUGUAGUAAAUGGCUAUACUUGCGUUGUUGCAGCGCCUUAAUAAAAGAAAUUGGAUAGGAAUUUUCCUACCAGAUUUGACUUUGUCAUAAUAAAGAUUAUGCAGUAUUUUAUGAAGCUUGCUCUGUAUACCCACAAAUAUAGUAUUUGAAAUGCUAGAUAAAACACGUAGUAAUAAGAACUAAUGUCUUUCUUGGUGCUUAAUUUGCACUUGUAGCAGAAUCUAGUCUCCCCAGUCUAUCUCUCAAGGCCCAAUUCACACCUCAUCACCAAUCCCCUCCCAGUAUCAGUGCUAGAAUCUCUCUUUUUAUUCAUUUUUAAUUUUUUUAUGGUAUUUGCAAAGUGCUACUAUGUU